ACCGCGUCAUUUCUUAACGCAGAAUUAUAUAUGAUAAAUAGUAUACUAGUUGUAUAUCCCAAAAGAGAAACAGAGCUAUUCGUUUGAGCACAAAACAGGGCAAAUAUUCAACUCAAUUUCCUCCCAAGAAGAAGCAUGGAUCUGAUAGACAAGGCGAAGAAUUUUGUGUCGGAGAAGUUAGGAAACAUGGAGAAACCGGAGGCAACCAUCACAGACGUCGAUCUUAAGAGGAUCGGUUUCGAUGGCAUUUCUUUUCACGCUAAAGUCGCCGUUAAGAAUCCUUACUCUGUUCCUAUUCCCAUCAUGGAGAUCGAUUUCACCCUCAAAAGCGCCACCAGGGUAAUAGCAUCAGGAAGAAUUCCAGACCCAGGGAGCAUAAAGGCAAAUGACUCGACCAUGCUAGAUGUGCCAGUGAAGGUUCCUCAUAGUGUGCUAUUGUGCUUGGUUAGGGACCUUGGUGGAGAUUGGGACGUCGACUAUACGCUGGAAUUGUGUCUCAUCAUUGAUAUUCCGGUCAUUGGCAACAUCACCAUUCCCCUCUCUUAUAGCGGUGAGUAUAAGCUUCCUACUUUGUCCGACUUAUGGAAGGGUGGGGAAGAAGAAGAGGAGAAAGAAGAUCCAUCAAAGGUUAUAGUGAUAUGAAGUGCCAUUUCUAUCUAAAAAAAAUAAUGUGGCUUCUAUGUGCCUAGGUUCUCUUCUAUUGUUUUAAUAACAUUAAGUUUGUACCUUAUAUCAUUUGAAACGGGGUACAAAAUCGACAACUUUAUGCAACUCAAUAUUACUCUUAUCUUACAUGA